CCUCUUCUGGCGUGCAGACAUAAAUGGAGGCAGAAUGUUAUAUUCAUAAUAAAUAAAUAAAUCUCUAAAAAAAAGAUUUUGUCUCUCCAAGUUUAGAAUACAUUUUGGUGAAUAAAUAAAGUCUCAGAUUAUUUUUUAUUUGAUGGGGAUCCCUCUAUAUAACUCUGGCUGCCCUGGAACACUAUAUAGACAAGACUGACAUUGAACUCACAGAGAUCUCCUGGCUCUGCCUCCUGAGUGCUGGAGAAAGGUGUGUGCCACUAUGCCAGACUGCAGACCAUUUUCUGCUCCUUUGAUAUUCACCACCAUGUCUGGCCCCCAAAGCCUCAGAAUUUAAAAGAAUACACAGCUCUUUGUAUCAUAAAAUAGCACUUAAUGUUUACUUAUUAAUGCUGUGUGUCAGUCACUGAUCAUGCUAGGGAUACAGAUAUUAAAAACAAUGAUCAAACCAGGCAUUAUGGUGUAUGCCUUGGGGCAGAGGCAGAUCUCUAUGGAUUCUAUACCAGCCUUCUACACAGUUAAGUUUCAGCACAGCCAGGGCUGCUUAGAGAGACCCUAUCUGGAAAAAAAAAAAAGCAAAGAAGAAGCCAGGUAUGAUGGAUGGUGCAUACCUUUAAUCCCAGGGAGGCAGAGGAAUAGGCCAACCUGUUCUAUAGAACAAGUUCCAGAACACCAUGGCUACACAGAGAAACCCUGUCUCAAAAAAACAAGCAAAGAAACCAAUAAACAAAAGAAGUUGAAUGGAGAAAGCAGACACAAAUAAAUGGGGGGCAUUGAUAAAAUGAGAAGUAUGUUCAGAACACAGUCUCUGCACCACCCAGGCACUAGUGGAGGCUGGGGGCAGACUUGUGCUGAUACAGAUGAACAGGAGAGACCUGCUGGUGGCCUCUGGCUGUUUUAGGCACUAGUGCCAGAAAAAGGCAGGUGAUGACGUGGAGAGCUGAAAUGGGGCUGAGAAAAUAGGAAUAGUAGUAGAGUCCUUCUGACUGCUUGGUUCCUUCUGCAGGAAUUUUUCACCGACAGCCUGUGGGGUACACUCCCCAGCUCAUGGCAAGAAGCGCUAGAUGGACUAACCCCACCACAGCUGGCCACCCUGCUGCUGGGGAUGCCCAGGGAAGGGGAGGAGAUCAGUCCACAGCCUGUGCCCUCGCCUUUACCCGGACACCUGGCUUUCAGACCCCAUCAGAGUUCCUGGAGAACCCCAGCCAAAGCUCCCGACUAACGGCACCUUUUCGGAAACACGUCAAGCCCAAAAAGCAGCAUGAGAUCCGGAGGCUGGGAGAGUUGGUGAAGAAGCUUAGUGAUCUCACUGGCUGCACCCAAGUUGUGGAUGUGGGCUCAGGCCAGGGCCAUCUCUCCCGUUUCAUGUCUCUCGGACUGGGGCUGAUGGUGAAGAGCCUUGAAGGAAAUCAAAGACUGGUUAGCAGAGCCCGGCGCCUAGACCAGGAGCUCCUGCAGGCCCUGAACAAGAUGGACAAGAGGCACCCAAAGGUGGUACAAAGAGGCCCCCGCCAUUCCCCCCAUCACGUGGUUCAGUGGGUCAGCCCCACAGCCCUGUGUGAGGAGCUUCUGCUUCCUCUGGAGACAUCAGGCCAGGGCAGUGCCCGCCUGCUACUCACGGGCCUCCAUGCUUGUGGGGAUCUGAGUGUUGCCUUGCUGAGACACUUCUGCCGCUGUUCUGAAGUGGUAGCACUAGCCUCUGUGGGCUGCUGCUACAUGAAACUCAGUGACCCUGGCAGCUACCCACUGAGUCAGUGGGUGGCUGGGCUGCCCGGCCAUGAACUACCCUACAGGCUCCGGGAGGGGGCCUGCCAUGCCCUAGAAGACUAUGCAGAGAGGCUACAGAAAGCAGGCCCUGACUUGCAAACACACUGCUUCCGUGCAGCACUGGAGACAGUCAUCCGACAUGUCUGCCCUGAGCUUCGGAGGCCUGGCGUGCAAGGAAUCCCCAGGGUCCACGAACUCAAGAUUGAAGAAUAUGUGCAACAGGGGUUACAGCGAGUAGGUCUGGACCCCCAGCUGCCACUGGAUCUGGCUGCCCUUCGGGCCCAACAGGCCCAAGAGAAUCGUGUGGUGGCUUUCUUCAGCUUGGCCCUCCUGCUGGCCCCACUGGUGGAGACACUGAUUCUGCUAGACCGGCUGCUCUAUCUCCAGGAGCAAGGCUUCUACGCUGAGCUCCUGCCCAUCUUCAGCCCUGAACUCUCUCCCAGAAAUCUGGUUCUGGUGGCUACCAAGACACCCCUGGGUCAGGCCUUCUCUGUUCUUGAGACUGAAGACAGCUAGCUGACAGUCUGAAACCACAAUGCCAAUAUGGCUAGUGCAUCUUACCAUUUAGAGUGCCUGCGUCCUGCCUGAAUUCUGACUCUCUGCAAACUUUAGAUUAAUGCCCUUCCUCUCCCUUCAUAUGUAAUGUAUUGUGUAAUUUUUAUUUAUUAAAACUUAAGAUUUGC